UUUGGAGUCACAUGUGACGUGCUGAUGCACACUCUAUGAGUCAUUACUCUCAACUACUGUUGGCGUGAUAAUACAACAAGAAUCGAUACUCUUUUUCUCUCGUCUCUGAUUCCCUAUACUCCAAAUCAUAAAAUUAUAUGUAAAUUCAUUCAAUCAUCUUAUAAAGUAGCUGCUUUACUACUUAGUACUUAUCUUUUAGUUCUUCACAAAUCUUUGAGCAUUCUCAUUCUUCAAAUUCAAUUUUAUUUUGCAAUUUCUUUACACUUUUUACUUCGGCACACUAAAAUUCUAAAAGAGUGCCUUAAUUGUGAGAAAUCUGAAGUUUUUAUCGGAAAUUUUGAUACCCAUUAUAGCAAUUUAGGGUUUAUUGAAAACAUCUUGCUAAAAUUGAAUGGAGUUGAUUUUGGAAGAAAAGGAUGCGUGUGAUUGGACCUAUAGGGGGGAAGGAGCGGUUAAUCUAGUUCUUGCUUAUUCUGGAUCAUCUCCUGCUUUUAUGGGGAAAAUAAUACGGGUGCAGAAGGUAGCAAAGAAUGGUUCCAAGUAUGAAGCUGCACGUUUGGUUUUGUCCAAGCAUGAGUGUACUUUAUGGAAAGAUGCUGAACCUAUUGUUUCGUCGCCAAACAAGGAGAUUGCUGGUCAGCUGUAUGUGCAGUGUGUGAUGAUCCCGUUGUUAGGAUCUGAAUUUGUUGAUCCUGGGGUUAGAGUUCUUGUAUCAAGGGAAUUUUUGGAAUCAGUUGAAAGAGAUGUUCUCUCCCAGCGCCCUGGCUGGAGAGUUAAUGCAGCUAAAGUUGAUUGUUUUGCUGAUUCUGUGCUGCUUAUGUCCGAUCAUUCAAUAUUUCCCAGUAGCACAUCUAAAGGAGCACCAUGCAUAACUGUGGAAAUUAAGCCUAAGUGUGGAUUUACUCCAUCGUCAAGCUAUAUAGCUGAUAGAAAUGCAAUCAAGAAGAACGUGACUCGUUUUAGAAUGCAUCAAGUCCUCAAACUGCAACAACACCAGAUACAGCAGUUGAGCGAAUAUGAUCCAUUGGAUUUGUUCUCCGGAUCAAGGGAACGAAUACACAAAGCUAUCAAGGCUCUUUUUGCAAAUCCACAGAAUAAUCUGCGUGUUUUUUUAAAUGGUUCCCUUAUAUAUGGGGGCUUAGGAGGGGGAAACAACGGGACAAAUUUCGCCAAAGCUGAAGCAUUUGACGAUUACCUUUACUCUUUCAUUCACGACGAAAAUGAUUCGCGUACAAGCAGUUUUGUGUAUCUUAUAGGAGAGGCCAUAAUUAAAUUAGGCGUACUUGAUAGGCUAUUAGACGUCCAAAAGCUCGACAGAGUAGAUGUGGAAGGGGCAAUUCAUGCUUAUUAUGAUAUUGUUUCCCAGCCCUGCAAAAUAUGUACAAAAUCCAGUGAAUACCGGCAAUUAGGCAAAUAUAACUCUCUUCAUUCUAUUCCUUUAGAAGAAAGUGUGAAUAUUGUAAGAGACUACUUGAUAGCUGCUACAGCCAAGGACUGUAGCCUAAUGAUCAGUUUCCGUCCAAGGGAAGACGAUGAUCCUGAAUCCCAUUAUAGAAGCAUAUACCUAGACUCGACAAAGCAACGAUUCGAUGUCAAGGCAUCUUUCAUUGAUCUUGAUAUGAAACCCUUAAACAAAAUGGAAUUUUAUUAUCAGCUGGAUCAGAAGAUAGUAGACUGCUACAAGCAGAUGGCCAAAGUAGAGCUUGUCGCUGCAAAAAAGGCGACAAUUCAAGGGUAUGAAACUGGAUAUUGAGAUAACCACUUGAACACUUUUGCUUGGUAGGGUCUGGAGGAUUGCACAAUUUUGCCUCCUAAGCUUGAAAAUGUUGUUACUUGAAGCUGCUGCAUCGUUGUUCAAUAUUUAAGUGUUAAUCUUAGGUAUGCUCGUAAUCAUAGUUUAGAUUAUGCUUUUUAUGAUGCUGCACGUGCGUAUGUAUAUGUGCUACCUGUGAGUUAAUUGUCAUUCAUGGUAGCUCAACGACACUUGAGCCCGUGUUGCUGUAUUUUAUGUACAUUUCUGUAUAACAUGUAACAUGUACUCUUCGAUACCCUCUUUAGUUUCAUCUUGCUUAACUUCGGUGCUAGUGUCCGUGAUUA